GCAGGGUCAGGCCCUGCUCCUGGGUCUGUCUGUCACGGAGUCACCUUGUACCCCCCGCUCCACACACUCUGGCACAGGGAGAGGGCAAUAUGGCCUGGGAGGCCCCACACCUGCCUCUGGUCCUGCUGCUCCUGGCCUCAGGCUCCUGGGUACAAGCCAUCGAGGAGGAGGUGGUGUAUGCAGUGCAGGGACAGGCGGUCACUGUGAAAUGCGACUCGUCUCCGCAGGAAGGUGAGUAUAAGCGCAAAAUCUGGUGUAAGGAAGGGACGGCAGGUCGUUGUUCCUCAUCAAUCACCAUCUCCAAGCCCCAGACAAUGGCUCAGAAGUCUCGCUAUUUAUUGUGUGACAACCCUGCUGCUGGCUUCUUCACUGCCACCUUGAUAGACAUCAAGAAGAACGACGCAGGACACUACCUGUGUGGAAUGUACCCUGGUCCUGGGGACACUUUCAAUGUUCUCAAAAACGUCAGCCUGCUGGUGACUUCAGUGAUGACCAGUCCAGCCUCUGGCAGUGGCUCUGAGCACAGUCUGCCUGCCAACACUUUCCUGGUGGUUCUGUUAUGUGGACUUCUCAUGACCAAGGUCCUGGUGGUCAUAGCUCUCCUCAUGCUCCUGACCUAUAGAGCUCUGGGCUAUGCCAAGACUGUCAGAAUAGCAGCAAUGGCUGCCCCCAGUCCCACCAAGACCCCAGGGCCCAUGGGCACUCCCCACUGAGCCUGGCAUCCCCCCACCUCCUCCUGCUUCUCCAUGACAACUGAGAUCCGGGGCCUCUGGAAGACACCUACUAGCACCUGGAUCCACCACUGCGGUGGCGCCUCUACCCCAGAUCUGGGGACCCCCGGACUGUCUUAUCCAACUCUAUGUCCCCAAAGCGUGGACCCACCACCUGCAGGACUCUCCCUGUGCAACUGGGCCACCUGUCUCCCACUUGGCUCCCCUCAGUGGGACCAAACCCAACUGGUAGGCAUCCUGCCCCUGACCUGCACCUCUCCCUCCCCUCCAGGUUUCCUGUUUCUCUGUCAACCCAUGGAUCAACUGGUCGCCCAGUUUCAUCAUUGCCCACUGCGGUCAGCUUCGGUUCCUCUUUCUCCCGUUAAAGGAAAUGUCCUUAGUUCCUACCAUAUAAAAAUGUCACAUUUGAUAUUUCCAAAAAUGACAUAAAUUAUAAAAGUAUCUGGCAAUGAAGGAAAAACAUUUCCAUCCUAUGUGCCAGAUAAAAGAGUUACUAGCUUUAGUACACAAACAUCUUUUUCUUUUAAAUAAAUAAGAAUCAAGCAAACAUUUUUAUUUUAAAAAGGGCUAAGGAUAUGAACAAGUAAUUCAUUACAGAAUAAAGAACAAAUAAUAUAUAUGAACAUGUGUUCAAAAUGGCUGAUAAUCAAAGAAAUGCUAAAUGAAAGGAGACCCACCCAAUGGUUGGCCCAUCAGUUGCAAAGAAGAUUAAAAUAAAUGAUAAUCAUAUUCUGUGUGGAGAGGUGUAGGGAAAAGGGAAUUCUUGUGAGUUGUUGGAAGAGCAUAACUGAUAGCCUCUUCCUGGAGGGCAAUGUGGUGAUGAAUUAAAAGGCAGAAAAAGUAAUUUACUCAUCCAUUCCACCGUUGACGGACAUUUGGGUUGUUUCUAAUUUUUGGCUGAUGUGAAUAAAGUUGCUAUGAACACUAAA